CAUCUUCCUAUACAAGAAGAAAGACAUACAUACGUUAUCAUCCCUUUUGCAUAUAAAAUACAUGAUGAUUGGGCUUUGCUUAUCUCUACUAACAUCCACCCCUACAUAUAUUACAAGCCUAAUAGGCUAAUAGCACCAGAGGGCCGUGCAAACUGCAACUGAAGGCACAAGAGGGUUGUAUUGUUGAGAAAAUAAUAUUUUUGAUAGGUAAAUAGAAGUCCACGCACAUACAAGAUUGAAAACGUGAUCUCACACUUCACCUCUUGUUUGGGGAGAGAAGCCAUCUGGUUCAAAACUGGAAUUGUAUUGGUGAAAGUUUUCUAUCUUGAACCUAAACUAUAAUAAAGUUGCAAUUGAAAACAGAAUGAGUUUCCUUCCAUACUUCUCGUUUGUUGAUGUCUAACUUGAUUAGAUGAGUAUUAACCUUGCAACAAUACCUGACCCUUAUUUGCAAAACAUAGUCAAGGAACUUGCUACAUUCACUCUUCUUUUCUCUCUCUCCUUUUUCCCAAGGAUAGUAGCAUAAAUGAAUUGUUCGGACCAAUCAAGUUGUAGCUUUUCAUGUGGUGUGCAUGAUCUGAAGGACGAUCCUUACGGUAGGGUCUCACACCUACGAUAAUAGACUGCUGCAGAUGCAAAUUAGGGACUGCACCAUCUGGAGCACCUCGCCCUUUAAACUACCUGAUGAUUGGGUCAUCAAGGAAAAGCCUCGUAGCAAUAUCAACUAUGCUUGUGUCAUUGACAAGUUAUAUAUUGAGCCAGAAACUGGGCAGCAGUUUCGUUCUUUGAAAGCCGUUGAGAGAUAUGUAACAGAAGCAAAGGAAAAUACUGCAACACCUAAGGCUUCACAGAAUUCUGGUUCAUGGAAGAAAAACAUUUCUAGUAUUAUACGGUCACCAAGAGUUGUGAGCAAACACUGGUUGGAAGCUGAAGAAGAUAACAUUACACUCAAGGCAUUGAAAUUGUGCAACCGUUCAAAAGCUUCGCCGAAUUCUGGUUCAUGGAAGAAAAACAUUUCUAGUAUUAUACGGACACCAAAAGUUGUGAGCAAACAUUGGUUGGAAGCUGAAGAAGAUAACAUUACACUCAAGGCAUUGAAAUUGUGCAACUGUUCAAAACCUUCAAGAAAAUCUGGUUCAAGGAAGAAAUUUGUUUCUAAUAAAGGGGUUAAUACUUCAAUGCUUGAUUGUGCCAGCCCACCAGCAAAGAUAAACUGGGUUCUUUCUGGUCCUGGUGGUGGUAAUGUAUGGAGUGCUUUCAUCAAUGAAUCUAUUGUCCCAGAUUCUGUAAAGCAAAAAUGGUCUGAGAAAUUUAUAACAACCAUCCAUGCAUGAAUUUAAUGACCAAGUUUUCGAGUUCAUAAAGGUCGAAGGUGGCAAAGCUUCCCUUGAUGUCCCAGUACAUCUCCAGUUCCUAGUAUUUUUGGCUCUUCAGGACAUCCCAAAUCUACACCGGUUACUUUGCGUGGUGUUGGAACAGAAGUGUACUACGCGUAUACUUCUUGUGUACUGUACUUGGAUUGUGUAUAUUUUCAAUCAAUAAAGUUUUGUUCUUACUUAUAAUAAAGAAUAAUUUCUCCUAUGAGUGCAGUUGUUUCAAGUCAGUUUUGCUCGCACGCUCCUUAGUCCUUAUCAUUAUGUAAAGCGUUAUUGUCAUCGAAACAAAGCUUGAUUGACAG